GGCAGGCAGUCCGGCGUUGGAUUUUAAACAGCAUGUCGAAAGUAAUACAGAAGAAAAACCAUUGGACAAACAAAGUGAACGAAUGCGCUCUGUGCAGGAACAGUCGCGGGGAACUGAAUGUGGAACUGUGCGGUGGUGCGGAGAAUGGAGAGUUUUCGUACAUCGGGCAAGUGCGGGAGGAUGCAGUUCUUUACAAAUACGGACAGUUGUCCGAGGGAGAAUUACUGUUGGAAGUUGAGGGUUUGUCGGUCUCUGGAUUGCCUCUUUAUGAUGUUUUAACCGUAAUGAAAAACUGUAAGGGUCCCAUCCGGUUGAAAACUGUUAGGCAAGGUCACAGACUGAAUAAAGACCUGAGGCACUAUCUGAGUCAGCGUUUCCAGAAAUCAUCUCCCGACUACGACCUCCAGCAGACCAUCAGAGACAACCUGUACCGUCACGCUGUGCCUUGUACGACUCGCCCCCCUCGUGACAGCGAGGUUCCUGGGGUCGAUUACAACUUCCUGUCUGUGGAGGAUUUCCUGGAGCUGGAGAAGUGUGGAACCCUUCUGGAAGUAGGAACAUAUGAUGGUAACUAUUAUGGAACGCCCAAGCCACCGAGCCAGCCCUCCUAUGGCACAGUGAUUACCCAAGAUGCUUUGCGUGACGGCCUCCCUGGCUCCCAGAAUUCCACCCCCAAGCGCACCAAGUCCUACAAUGACAUGCAACAUGCACGAAUAGUGCCGGAGCAGACGGAGGAUGACGAAAUACUCACAGACAUGAACAACACGUUUACAGGAGACUCGAGCCGGCAGGAAGUGCGCGGUGUUGUGCGAGAGAACGCCCCCUCCCACGCACUCAACAACCUGGCUGCGUCUCCGCCCGAAUCCAUGGCGGGCGCCCAGCAUCCUCAGCUGCCUCCCGAGGACGACCCGCUCGGCCCGCUGCCCGACAACUGGGAAAUGGCCUACACCGAGAAUGGAGAGGUCUACUUCAUAGACCAUAACACAAAGACGACUUCCUGGAUGGACCCUCGCUGUCAGGACAAGCAGCAGAAGCCUCUGGAUGAGUGUGACGAUGAUGAAGGGGUACACACUGAAGACCCAGACAAUGACUUAGAGUUACCCCCGGGUUGGGAGAGGAUUGAUGACCCUGUGUAUGGUGUAUAUUAUGUAGAUCACAUUAACAGGAAGACUCAGUAUGAGAAUCCUGUGGUGGAGACUCGGAGGAAGAAGUUGCCUGAGUCCCAGCAGCCACCUGAAGAAUGGAUAGAAGAGCACUCGUCCGCCGGUGCUCCCAUUGCGUCCUUCAUUCCCAAUCACCUGGAGACUUACAGAGACCCCCAGAGUGGACCGCCAUUACCUCCAGGCCCGGGAACCAAACGAGGGAAGCCCUUUUUCACGCGGAACCCGGCGGAGCUGAAGGGGACGUUUAUUAGGACUAAACUGAUGAAAAGUCCCAGAGGCUUUGGCUUUACUGUGGUGGGAGGAGACGAACCCGAUGAGUUCUUACAAAUAAAGAGUCUUGUUCUCGAUGGACCUGCAGCUGUGGACGGCAAGAUGGAGACAGGUGAUGUGAUUGUGAGUGUGAACGACACCGUAGUCCUGGGAUACACUCACGCCCAGGUUGUGAAGAUUUUCCAGUCCAUUCCUAUCGGUGCCAUGGUUCAGCUCGAACUCUGUCGUGGUUACCCUCUACCCUUCGACCCUGAUGACCCCAACACCAGCCUGGUCACCUCUGUUGCCAUCCUUGACAAAGAACCAAUCAUUGUUAAUGGCCAGGAGGCCUUUGACCCACCCACAGGCCUUGUCAGCCAAUCAGGCGGCGGCGGCGGCAGCGGCGGCGGAGCAACUGGCAUGCCACGCCCGUACAGCCCCACAGCGACAGAGGCAGCGACCAUCACCGGAGACAGUUGCCUAGGUUACGGGAGCGACGUAGUAACAUUGGCGUCGUCCAUAGCGACACAGCCGGAGUUGAUUACGGUGCACAUGGAGAAAGGGGAUAAAGGGUUUGGGUUCACGAUCGCAGACAGCCUGAGUGGAGGGGGGCAGAAGGUGAAGCAGAUUGUGGAUUACCCACGAUGCCGUGGGCUGAAGGAGGGAGACAUCCUAGUGGAGGUGAACAAACGGAACGUUCAGAGUAUGAGCCAUAACCAGGUGGUGGAACUGCUCAGCAAAUGCCCCAGAGGAAGUGAGGUCACCAUGCUAGUGCAAAGAGGAGUGGUGCCCGCCAAGAGGAGCCCCAAAGUGGUGCAGUUGGAGAGGAAAGACAGCCAGGGCAGUUCCCAGCAUAGCGUGUGCAGUCACCGCAGUGCCCACACAGACUCUCCUGCCCGCCCGGUGCCAGCCUUGCCCAGCGAGGCCCUGGCAGCUGCCCCUCCGCCUGUACCUCCUCCACCCACCCAGCCCCUACCCAGCCUGCCCCCCCUUGAACCACCAGCCAAUGGAACCCUCCAGAAGAAGCCUGACCCCUUCAAGAUCUGGGCCCAGUCUAGGAGCAUGUAUGAGAGUCGAUUACCUGACUCUCAGGAGCAGGACAUCUUCCUGUGGAGGAAGGAAACAGGCUUCGGCUUCAGGAUCCUUGGCGGGAAUGAGCCUGGAGAGCCGAUCUAUAUUGGGCACAUAGUGAAGUACGGGGCAGCGGAUGAGGAUGGGCGACUGCGGUCAGGCGACGAGCUCAUCUGUGUGGAUGGGACUGCAGUGGUGGGAAAGUCUCACCAGUUAGUGGUUCAGCUAAUGCAGCAAGCAGCCAAACAGGGCCAUGUCAACCUGACUGUACGACGCAAGACCAGCUACACAGUGUGUAAAGGAGAAGGUGAUGUGCCCCCCUCUCCAGCCUCCUCACACCACAGCAGCACUCAGGCUCCGUCACUGACAGAGGAGAAACGCACUCCUCAGGGGAGUCAGAACUCCCUCAACACCGUCAGCUCCGGCUCCGGCAGCACCAGCGGCAUCGGGAGUGGAGGAGGCGGAGGAAGCGGCAGCGCCGUGGUCACCGUCGUCCCGGCGACGCUACAGCCGUAUGAUGUGGAGAUCCAGCGCGGGGAGAACGAAGGCUUCGGUUUCGUCAUUGUUUCAUCUGUGUCACGGCCCGACGCCGGCACCACCUUUGCUGGAAACGCAUGUGUGGCCAUGCCUCAUAAAAUAGGUCGUAUAAUCGAGGGCAGUCCUGCCGACCGCUGUGGGAAACUGAAGGUUGGGGAUCGUAUCCUAGCUGUCAACGGCUGUUCCAUCACCAACAAGUCUCACUCCGAUAUCGUCAACCUCAUUAAAGAAGCCGGAAACACCGUCACACUGCGCAUCAUCCCCGGAGACGAGUCUUCAAACGCGUCUUUGCUUACCAAUGCAGAGAAGAUAGCCACAAUCACCACCACACAUACACCUCCACAGAACAACACAGAACCUCAGCCAGACAGCUUUCAUUUCAAAUCAAAACAAGCCCCACUCCCGCCUGGCACAACACAAACACAGAACAGUCAGGAUGCAGAGUACUACUCAGUGGAGCUGGAGCGGGACAGUAAGGGCUUUGGGUUCAGUCUAAGAGGAGGAAAAGAGUAUAACAUGGACCUCUACGUGCUGCGAUUGGCUGAGGACGGAGCCGCAGUGAGAAACGGAAAGAUGAGGGUUGGAGAUGAGAUUUUGGAGAUAAACGGUGAGAGCACAAAGAACAUGAAACACGCUCGCGCCAUUGAACUCAUUAAAAAUGGUGGCAGGCGGGCACGGCUGGUUCUCAAACGUGGAGAUGGGUCGGUGCCCGAAUACGACGGCCCCAAUGACGGGUACCCUUCCGCACCCGGGCCACAAAAUCUUUCGGAAGUGAGGGCCCUGUCGGCAAACGGCCGCUUCCACCCCCCAUCGGAGUCCAGCUACACAUCAGACUACCACAUCCCACCCCGGCAGCAAGAGCAGUGGCUGAAGGAGAGAGGGAGGGAGGAUUACGCCCAUUACCCUAACGCUGCCCUACAACACCAUCACCACCUCACCUGGAUCAACCACCCAAGCCCCAGCGAACGAUCCCAAUCCCCAGAGCCCAAGAAGAGCUCCCGCCGUAAAGUCAAGAAGUCCGAGUCCGAGAGCGGCAUUGCCAAGCUGUUUAAGACGCUGCGGAAGGAGGGCGGCUUCGGACGGAAGUCGUCUGAACGGGAUCUUGGGGGAACACAAGGCCGCGAGCGCUCCCCGGAGAGGAGGGCCCGCUCUAGGCCCGAGGAACGGCGGUACCGCCCUGGUUCCCUGGACCGCUCGUCUUCUGCUCAGAAGCGGAGCUCCUCUCCGGACCGCCGCAGGGCCAAGUCCGUCGACCGCCGGGCCGAACGCACAUACCGGGACCGGGACCAGUCGCCCGAUGCUAGCUCUCGCGCCUCCAGCCAGCUCCUGCUACGGCAGACCGCCACGCCCGAGAGGAUCCUCCAGGAUCGCCGCUUACAGAAAGAGCCACGCACCCCCAGCCGGAACGCCAAGGAGGACAGCUACGUCACCUCCACCCCAGAAAGGACAAACAACAACCACCAGGCACAGACUCUCUCCCUCUCACUGGCCCGCGGACGGACCCCUGAACGAGGCCUGAAAAACGGAAAUGUGUUGCGGGAUGUCUCACCUGCUAGCCGAGAAGAACGGUACGGGAACAACAGCACUCCAGAAAGGCGUUAUCGGAGGGAGUCGGACAGCAGCAGCAACGGGAGCUACCUGGAGGAAAUUGCAGCUUCCCCCCGUCUGAAGGAAUAUUACAACGCACUGAAGGCUAAAAGCACCAACGGGACCAACGCCGGCCAGAACCCGAGCCAGCUUCCUCAGUCCAAGAGAAGGCUUUAUAAAGAGAACCACACGGACCUCAGCAUCUGACCAUGGGACCACUGGAACAUGUUUGACUCGUACAAACAUAAACAGAGAUACAUACAGAUAGGCACACACACACACAUAU